GAGGCAUAUCUGCAAAACGAAGGCAAGAAAAGAUAGCCAUGGAAGCAAAAAGCAUCCUACACAUGAACAAUGGCAAUGGGGAAUCAAGCUAUGCCAGCAACUCGACUGUUGCAGAAAGUGCAAUGAGGAAAGCUCUGCCAAUUUUAAAUAAUACAAUCAAGGAAAUGGCUAAUCGUGACAUCAUCUUCAUACAUUGUUUCAAAAUGGCAGAUCUAGGAUGCUCCUCAAGCACAAAUUCACUACUUGUUGCAUCUUAUGUUAUCAAUAUAAUUCAUGGCUUAUGUGAAGAAAAAAAUCGUAGAACACCUCAAUUUGAAUUGUACUUAAAUGACCUUUUCGAAAACGAUUUCAAUACCCUUUUCAGAAUGUUACCAAAAUUUUAUUCGGGCCUUAAGAAAGAGAAUGGAGAACACUUUGGCCAUUGUUUUGUUUCAGCUACCCCUGGUUCAUUCUAUGGUAGACUAUUUCCAAACAAAAGUUUGCACCUUGUUCGUUCGACAUACGGUGUCCAUUGGCUUUCCCAGGUUCCUGUUGGCGUUGAAAACAACACAUCCAAUAUAUACAUUGCCAAAUCAAGUCCACCAAAUGUGCUUAAAGCAUAUCAAAAUCAAUUUGAUACUGACUUUAGUACCUUUUUACAACUGCGCUCUGAAGAAGUAAUAAAAGGUGGAUGCAUGGUGUUAACAAUUCUUGGCCGGAGUAUUAAUGAUCCAACCAGUGAUGAUUGUUGCAGUUUUUGGGAGUUACUAGCACAAUCACUUGUGGAUAUGCUCAAAGAGGGUCUCAUCCAAGAAUCAGAAUUGAACUCAUUUAAUGUGCCAUAUUAUAGUCCAUGUGAGGAUGAAGUUAGGAAUGCCGUACAUAAUGAAGGAUCAUUUUUCCUUGAUAACCUGAGUGUUUUUCAAAUCAACUGGGAUCCACAUGACACAGAUUAUACAAAUAUGAAAGAUUUUGAGGAGCCCAGCCAUAUCCAUGGCAAAACCACUGCAAAAAUCAUGAGAGCAGUUACGGAACCACUGUUGACAUCUCAUUUUGGAAGUUCCAUAAUUAAUGUCCUGUUUGAGAAGUAUGAAAAGCGUGUGGCACUACAUCUUGCAAACAAAAAAACAAGGCACUUUAAUAUAGUCAUUUCAUUGUCUAGAAAAUAAAAUUAUUUAUUUGGUCAUUUCAACUUUUGUUAUUGUAAUCUAUUAAAAAUAAGCAUAAUCCACCAUCUUCGAAAUUAUAUUUA